AUGCAAAUCGACGAAUUUCCGGGACUGCAGGUUGAUGAUUUCAGGAUCCGAGAAACCCAGCCACAGCUCUCGUUAUGCCUGCUAACUCAUAUGCAUUCUGAUCAUCUAUCUGGUCUGGAACGCCUGUCUUACCACAGCCCUCCAGUGUACUGUUCGGCGGCGACCAGAGCUAUGGUGCUGAAUUUACGGCACAAUAACGGCGAUGGUCCUCUCAAGUAUCAUCAUCUGCGCAAAGAGGGCGGGGGCAUCGAGAUUUUGCAGGCCUUGGAUGUCGGAAUUCCCCAUCAAUUGACUUGCCAGUCAAGAACCGUCCAGGUCACUCUGAUUCCAACCGUGCAUUGUCCUGGAGCGACCAUGUUUCUUGUAGAUGACGGAAAUACGGCAAUUCUGUUCACAGGUGAUAUCAGAUGUGAGGCCUGGCACGUUAAUGCCCUUUCUCAUCAUCCUGCGCUACUGCCUUUUACGCUAGGGCAAGCUAUUUCGCUUUACGUUGAUAACACGUUUGAACAGCACGACAAUCCGGAUCAGCACUACGACGAGAACAGUGUAGGUGUUGCAGAGUUACUAGCCACAAUCGAUUCUGACAAUACAAAGUACCCGGAUAACAUCCAUUUCGCCUUGGUAGCCUCGUCCACCGGCUAUGAAGAGGCACUUAUUGCUCUGGCGUUGCGAUUCCAAACCAAAAUCCAUCUUGACAGUUAUUAUUACCAUUGUUACAUGGCUGCUGCUGAUACCUGCCCUUUGGCACGUCAGAUAAUCGGCUUGAGCACUAUAAAUCCAGCGUCCGCCCGUGUCCACUGGUGUCGCAAAGGCCAUUGUGAGAACCGUGACGGCCCCCUGACAAUUUAUUUAUCUCCUCGUGUCACCAUGAGUCAAAGCGAUAUCGAUGAGCGCAACCGAAAACUAGAUAUUCGUGACUUUCCCGGUGGCACCUACAACGAACAGACCUUGUUUGUACAUACCGAAAGUGCCAUCAGAUACGUACUAUCUCAAGAUGGCCACACACUUUUGCCUGGUCAUAUUUAUUUCAAAUUCUCCCGUCAUGCUUCCCUGCCGGAGCUAGUCCAUUUCAAGGCCAUGUUUCCUGCCUGCACAGUAAAAUCCCUGGCAGGUGAACCAAUCCCCCAGCUGGAUCCUGACGCUGUGGUGCAGUUAAAGAUAUACAGAAAGAAAGCAUGGUCAACUCCUGUGACGGCCGUGAAACGGAAAAUGUCAGUCCACUCAAGCACCGAGAGUAACGGAGACAUAUUGGAUUUUUUGCACCAGCAGGCUCAGGAAAGCUCUCUAUCCACACCUCCAGCAAGUCCACGAAAGGACUCAGUGCGCACUGCCGAACCUUCUAUUGAAAGCACCAGUAACGAGUCCAAGGUGCUGGAGGAAACUCUCCGCAACAACUUGGACGAAUGGUUCAACUUAAAAUUUGAUUGGAAAAACUCUCCCAUCUACGGAUAUAAAUAA